AUGGAAUUCACAAGUACAAAUAAGAUCAAAUUUUUUAUCUGGCGUGCUACCAAGGACUAUCUUCCAACGAAAGUUCAGCUAGCAAAAAGAGCACAAGUUAAUGAUGUGUUAUGCCCACUAUGCCAUUCUGUCUCAGAAACCACUGAACACAUUUUGUAUAAAUGCCACUUGAGUCAAUUGGUUUUGUUCGGAUUGCCUCUUGGGAUCACGUCAACAAUUUGGAAUAUUCAAAUUUUAAUUGCUGGCUGGCAGUUCUUCUUGAAAUUCUUCCUCAAGAAACAUAUGCUGCUCUUCUUGUUAUGGUAUAUUUGGUAUGCUCGUCAUAAAGUUGUGUGGGACAAUAAUGAAUUUGAUCCUGCAGCAGUCAUCACCAGUGCGGUUAACGCAAUGCAGGAUUAUAAGGCUGCUUGGGUUACACAACUAACUGAUCAUCCAGCAGAAAUUGUGCAGCAGGUGCGUUGGAAGUGUCCGCCAAUAGAUUGGGUCAAGCUUAAUGUGGAUGGAUCAACAAAUGCAACAACGAACAAUGCAUGCAUGGGAGCAAUUGCACGGGACUGUUAUGGCUAA